AUGGAUGGUGACAUACAUAAUGAGGAAAGCUUUCUAGAUCGACGGGCUAUAGGCCUUAGAGAAACAUCUCAAUUCCCAGUGGGAAAAGCCCGCAUUCCAAAAGACAUCGGUUGUGAUUAUGAUUUGUUGGAAGAUCUUCGUCAUCAUGGAAUUGAAUGGACUUUCUGGGUGCCUCUUGAGAAGAUAUACCAGAACCUCACCCGAUAUGGUCGCCCAAGCGUGGUUUAUCCAGCAUUUUCGUAUCUCGCCGUUGGUACAAGCAAGGGAGUAAUCACUAUUUUCAAUCACAAGCAGUUUUUGCAAAUGGCACUACUGUUGGACGCCGGGUCCUCGAAAUCUAAGGUGACAAUUAUAAGGUCAUCUGUCGAUGGCACCCAUAUAGCAGCCAGCUUAGAAUCCGGAGACGUUUUCAUCUGGAACCUUAAUCGAAAGACGCGCAACUCAGAUAAAAUAGAUGGACCUCGUGAGGUGACCCCCAUUUUGCAUAUUUCCGAGCACAAAUUUAAACGGAUUACCGGGUUAGGUUUCUUGGCAGAACGUCAUACAGCAGUUGUGGUAAGCGAUGACUCGGGCACCCUUUCAUGCUACAACGGGUUUCGCAAGGGGAUUUGGCAACUUUCAUAUUCGACCAUCGGACUUAACUAUUUUUUAUCCACACAAAGUAGUUCUGUGGCGACAUCAACAUACCCAGGGCUUUCUGGUGCACCUUUUUCCGAUCUACAGCCAGUUGCAGUUUUAUCUAAUUCGUCUCUUGCUCUAGUAUCUGCAAGUAACUUCUCCCAGUGUUACCAGGCGGGGAUUGAAAAAGACAUUGGUAUCGACCCAUCGAUCGUUUGGAGCGCUUGUGGAACCAAAUUGUGCUACUCAGGAUUACAUUGGCUGGAGGUUAUCAGAUUUGAACGCGAUGGACCCGCACAGAAGUUAAGAGCUAGUUCAAAAGUUGGUUGGCAUUGUGCAGAAACCAUCAAAUAUGCGGAGUGGCUUUCAGACUCAUUUCUAGGCGUCCUCACGCAUUCAAACGAAUACAUGUUCAUCAGUAUUAACAAUGGCGUACAACAGUUUGAAAUGAUUGAUUUAUUGCCCAUCACGCUUCUCAGCACCAUAUCAUGCCCAGUCGUUUAUUUCAAUCGACAACUUUACGCUUUGACGAACUAUAAUCUGCAAACUGGCUUCCUUCUAUCGUGGUCAGAUAUUAUCCUCAAAUUUGUCCAGAGUGGAGAAUAUAUAAGUGCCAUCAGAAGUAUAAGAUACUUUGUAACCGAAGAAGCGUUACCAUUCAACCUUCUAAGACUACAAGAUGACGUUGCGGCACGAAGAAGACAAUUUGAGCAGCCUCUUAAAAACCUUUCGAUCGCAAGUGUUCGCCACGUUAUCCGAACACAAGACAUCAACUGCGAUGAAGUGCUUUUGCAGCAAGUGCUUGAGGAAUCUCUUCGCGAUUAUUAUUUGAUUUUUGAUGAUCCAACAACUGCCCUUGAUUUUGUCGAGCAGGCUCUCGAUCAAACUCCGGAUGAGUGUAAGAAUCUCUUUUUCUCAUGCUUGAUUUCACUAGUAAGAAAAAGAACGAUUACAAGCUUGACGCCCGUGGUCUUUAGCGAAUUACUUCGAUCAGAAUAUGUUAGAAAUGAGCCGUUAGUGCUAAAGCACCUAUUUUUUGACUUGGAUAUUUCUACGAUGGAUGUGGAUUUGGCUAUAGAGCUUUGCAAGAAAUUGAAAUUUAGAAGAGAGCUCAUAUACCUGUGGACUUUGACGUCCUCCGACUACGUGACCCCAUUUAUCGAGAUGUUAUCUCUAAUUGGGGAAAGCAGACACGAAAAUCAUCUACUUACGGAGGACCUUGGUGAUGACGAGCUUCUGGUAUACGACUAUUUGGGAUUUGUUAUGACAGGAAGGCAGUUUCCAUUGCAACACUCCAUCCAACCGCCAACCUUGAGCCUUGAUGCUGAACUUGAAUUAUGCCAUAUUCUUUUUAGUGGCGCUUUGAUCGACUGGCCGCCCAAGUCUGGUCACAAACUUUACACCUGCGAAGUACGAAAGGAUGAGCCGGCUUUCCCAUACAUGGAGCUACUCUUGAACUUCGAUCUGCGAAGGUGUUUGGGAAUGCUUAAUGAGAUUCUCGAGGAUUCUCUUUUUGAUGUUAGUUUUGGCGACGUUGAAAUUGGGAAUGGUAAGAUAUCAAGGUCCGGCGUCAGUAGACAAUUCGUUAUGGACUUUAUGAUAGACAGGUUGAAACUGCCGCGGCCCUCACAUGAGAAAAUCCUCACUGCGAUCUUUGUCGUAAGAAAUCUUUCGAAGUAUCCACAGUUCAUCAGACUUUCGAAUACCGUGAUCGAGAAUUUAGCAGUACUUCUUUGCACCGAGAAUUCAAAGCAAGUGCUGAAAGAAAGCGAGAACGCUAUAGAGGCCCUAAUUGCUGGCCACUAUCUCUCAGCACCUACAAAGCUCAUUCCAAACCUAAAGCUCUACAAAUUUGACCGCGCUUUGUUGCUAGUUUACAAGCAUGCUGGGGCCUUUUCUCAGAUGUUAGCUCUUCGCAUUGAAUCCAAACAGCUGAAUGGCUCACCCGAUUCUGUUUUGGAUGUAAUGCGUUACUGUCUCAAAAGUACGCAAAACAAGCCAGCGGAACGUAGCGCCAUUUUAGGAGUCGUUGCGAAGAAUAUAGACACCGUUGUUUCUGUGGAUGUGGCUGGCUUUAUCGAAUGUAUGGACAAAUAUGAUACGAGUUUCCACCUUACUGUCUUCGAAAGUGCAUCCUAUUCUUUGAGAUGCACCUUCUUGCACCAAUACUUUCUUUCUCAUAAUCCCACAACGCCAUGGGAACUCGACAUGAUGAGCCAGUAUACGCUGAACUUAAGUGACAGGGGGAAUGAAAAGGAGUUGAGAGAGCUCUUGGCGAGAACACAGCUUUCAAUGGGCGAAUACCAACGACUACUGAGGAAACUCAAAGAUAGCAACUCAACAUACGGUGCGCUUCUAGUGGAGCGCCAAGUUAAGAACUUCGAAGGCGUAGUAGACAAUGUUAUUAGACUCUUAAUGGACCGCCAGGGUGGCACUAACUGCAAUGAACUCUUUGACUAUGCCUUUGAAGCAUGCCGUACCGCCGAGGGUGAGCAGGCCCGGAAUUGCUGGUCCCGACUUUUAACGUUCCUGUUGCAUCUAAGAAAUGACCAAUAUCAACCGGCCAUCAAUCGGGUCUUUCAGGAACUAACAAAAGCGACUGCUGAUGUCUCCGCAAGCGCUUUAGCGUUUUCACUAAAAGACGUCGUGACUGGUGCACUUGAGAGCCCAGACUUGAUUUUAAUCAGAAUAGGAGAGUUGGCCCCCACCUUCUGUCAAAUAAUAAAUGCCGCAGAUAUCAAUCAAAAUGUGAUUACGAUUAUCAGCAACAUUGUCAAUCAUUCCUCAGCAGAGGUGUCAUCUCGUCAUGAAAAACUCUUGCGAAGCGGGUGGUCUAUCAAAUCAAGCGAUUGCGCUGUUUGUGGAGAGAAGCUUUGGGGGGUAGAUGUUUCCAGCAACACGUUUCUAGCUUGGAGAGAACAGACCAUAUCGAGCAACAUCGAUGCAACUGAGAGGUUAGAACUAUCGAGGCUGAUCAUAGUAUUAUUUGACUGUCAACAUGGUUUCCAUGAGAACUGUCUAAAAAACCUGGGACAAGGAACCCACUCUUUUAAGUGUCUUCUUUGUGAUGUUUGA